CACAGAGAGAGAGAGAAUACCGCAGAAGCAGAAGAAGAAGAAGAAGAAGCUCUUAGUCUUAGCAGUACUUGGGCCAGAGUGAUUUUGCUGGGGGGAAGAAGCGAGCGUCCCGUCCGCCAUGAGAGCUCUUCAGAGAUCGGCCGAGUGGCUGAGGCCCCUCGUUGACUCCAUGGCCUGGGACUACGCCGUCGUCUGGAAGCUCGUCGGCGACGGCCCUUCCGGCAGGUUCGUUGAAUGGGUUGGGUGUUGCUGCUGUGGAGGAGGGCCGAUAUUCGACGGCGUCAAAGAGGAAAAGCAAGAAGAUGAUGCCCAGCUUCGUCAUUCAACCACUCCGAUCUGCAGGGACCACCGUAGUCAGCACCCCAUGAGGACGAGAGCUUGCCUUGCCCUUGCCCUUUACCCUUCUUCUUUCCCUCUCUGUUCCGGGAUUCACGGAGAGGUGGUGAUAUCGAGCCGGCCCAGGUGGAUUAGCAAGGCAAGAAGCGCCUCGGACGCGAAUUUUGUUCAGGAAUUUGCUGGAACAAGCGUUCUGGUCCCCGUCGUUGGCGGCAUUGUCGAGCUCUUCAGCGCGAAGCUUAUGCCAAAAGAACCCCACAAAAUUGAAAUCAUCAGGACUUGGAGUCGCUUCCUGAGAGAAGCCGUGAAUGCCGGGAUCUGCGAUUUGAGCAUCGACGAGUUCCUGAUCCGAGAGUACUUCAAAUUCUAUCCAUCCCCGCUCCAACUUUCCAGUCUGGACUCUGGACUGCAACAACUCCCAACCGGAACGCAAAGUAGCAACAAUCCUGAAGGAUCAUCUAGUAGCCCAGAUCUGACUCACGAUUACCCAUCGUUCGACCCGUAUAAUAUUUUGGGAUAUCUUUCCCAAGCUGUACUAAUGAAGCAGUCUGUUCUUGAAUCCACGGGGUCUAAAAAUUCCAAAAGCUUGUUGAAACAGACAAAUUUCUCUGGUUGUAAUGCUGCGGCUGCGAUGCAGAAAGGUGUUCACAAGCAGGGAGGAGGCAAAUGCGAAGCAAAGAACCUGGUCACAGAGAGGAAGAGGAGGACCAGGAUCAAAGAAAGGCUCUAUACUCUCCGUUCACUUGUACCCAAGAUAUCCAAGAUGGAUAUGACUUCAAUCCUUGGGGAUGCAGCAGAAUACAUAGAGGAUUUACAGAUGGAGGUGAGAAAGCUCGGGGAGGAACUUGAGGAACUGGAGAAGGAGGUAUGCAGACCGAAGGAUACUAACUCUAAGUCUCGGGCUCGAAGUGUGGGACAUGACUGCAGUAAAAGUUUGGCCAGACAACAGGUUAACCAAGAGUCUUCCCGUCUUGACCUCAAGACAGAAACAAAGGCACAAGUGGAGGUGAACCAAAUUGGGAAAGGAGAUUUUCUGGUCAAGAUAGUAAUGUUGCAGAAGCAGCGAUGGUUUUCUAGGAUGAUGGAGGGGAUCCACUCCCUGGGAUAUACUGUAGUGAACGCCAACAUCACCACGUUAAAUGGAAAAGUCCUAGCCAAUCUCAUACUUGAGCUGCGCGAUGAUGGUGUCCUUCCGAAGAAUCUGAGGGAAUCACUGAUGCAGCUAGCGAGCUUAAUUGGUCAGUAAGAACCUUUAUCACUGAGAUGGUGCAAAGUUUAUGCACAAGUGUCUUUGUACACCCUUAGAAUGAAUUGAGACUCCCCUUCCGAUCCAUUUUAGAUGUAUACUUCUGUUUCAUCAGUUUAAAACCAUGAGGAAACUGGUUUUUUAUCUUCUCUUUGAAUCUUAGAAUGAAUUCGCAUGUUAAAUAUGAUCACCACCUGCUAUUUGUGAUGCUGAGCAUGUGACGGUAGUGGUCAACUC